UGGAACUAGCUUUAUUUCUUUAAUAUUUCACAAGAAAUAUACUUGAACGAUUUGAACAAAAAGGUUUUAACAUUAUAAACAGUAACAAAAUGGCAACAGGUUCAUUGUCUUCGGUUCCAAAACGUUUGCGUAUGGUUGAAGACUUUUCUUGCACACGUUGUUUAGAGCAGAAUCUUACGGAAUCUGCAGACAUUUAUUGUGAAAAAUGUUUAAGGUUUUAUUGUAAAAAAUGUGUUAUCCUGCAUAGUCAGUUUUUUACAAAACAUAUGACAUGUGGAAGGGAGGAUAUUAAGAAAUGGCCAGUUUCUAAGGCGGUGGAAGAUUUUCUCAGGAAGUGUGAGGUGCAUGAGGAUGAAACACUGACACAGUUUUGCCAUGACCACGGUCAGCUGUGCUGCUCUGCAUGUGUUGGAACAAUUCACAGCCAGUGCAGUAAAGUGACUCCAAUUAAUGAGCUGACCAACACGCAGCCCACAUACCUACAGGGACUGUCAGUGGAGCUGGAAACUGUCCUGGGAGAAAUCAAAAACCUUCAGAUCAGUCAGGAGGCAAGCGUUAAGUCAUUGCAGGGAACAUACAAGGAACAUGGGGCACUCAUGAUAGAACAAAUGCGUGGCAAUUUAAAUACUAAUAUUGAUGAGUGUGGUAAUAGUUAUGUGGGUACAUCAGGCGGAAAUGAGCAAUAUUUAAAAGAAGAAAUGUGUAGGAGUGUUGUUUCUAUCAUGAAUGAAUUCGAUAAUAUUACUGCGAAGGCACUUAACGAGAUGAAAGAUGAAGUUAUAAGUAUUAAAGAGUCAGUUACAAGUUCUAUUCAUCAAUGCACCACUCUUCACAAUGACUUGUCACAAUUCCAUGAACUUGUUCAGAAAAUUGGAGAUAAUAAGGAGCUCUGUCUUAUAGCCAGCAUAAAAUGUAAGCAUAUAAUACAGCAGGCAUUGACUCUGCUAGGAAAGUUAGGCAAGGCGUUUAACGUCCAGCGGAAGUCUGUGCACAAUGUGAGAAUACCAAGUGAUUCAUAUGAAUGUAGUAUUGCAGGCAUAUGUGUUCUGACUGAUGGGCAGGUGCUGGUCGCAGACUCGAAGAAUAAGAGGAUCAAGCUGCUGAACCAGCAGUACCAGGUGGUGAAUCACUGGGAUGUGACUGCUGGGCCAUGGGACAUAUGUUUGAUCACAUCCAGUGAGGUUGCAGUGGCUGUGAAUGACCAUGAUAGCAAGAUACAUGAGGUCCAGUUUAUCACUGUCAACCAGGGAAAGCUUGUUUCUGGCAGGAAGUUUCAGUUACAACAUAAAUGUACAUGUAUUACCCAUCACCAAGGAGACCUUUUUGUCACCUCUGGUAAAGAAUUGUACAAAUACACAUUGAGUGGCAAACUGAUCUGCAGUCUCUACCAAGAUAGAUCAGCUGAUUGGACAGUAGACAGGUGUGCUGUGAGUCCCACAGGAGACAGGCUGUACAUCACUAACUGGUCCCAGUACAAGCUUCACACCCUGGCCAGGGAUGGCACACUCCUGGCUACAUACUCAGACCCAGCACUACGUGGCCCAUCUGGUCUACAUGUGACCCCUGCAGGCCAGGUGCUGGUCUGUGGAUGGCUGUCCCACACUGUACUACAGGUGGGCUGGGAGGGGCAGAGUAAGCUGGCUACGCUGGCUACUAAGGAGAGGGAUGGAGUGAGGAGGCCACAGUCAGUCUGCUACAGCAGCACCACAUCAUCAAUCAUUGUGGGACAGUGGGGAGACAACAUCCUGGUGUUCAGAGUGGAAUAGUGUGUACAUUUGCUGCUGACAGUCGGGACAACGAUGCUGAGGAUGUGGGAGACAAGCAUGACGCAGAAGGAGAGCACCAGCAUUGAUAUUGAGUUGGCCAAGCAACAGCACCAGUCUGGCCUGCAGGAGCCCCAAUACAGAAUGAUCCUUUCCCUCUCCUGAUCCCGAGCUCCUCCCACUGGACCACCGGCCACAAGGGAUCAGCAUCGUUACACAAGUCUGUUCUGCAAAAAAUCCACAGCACGUCAAGUUUUCACGCGCUGUUAUGAACAACCGAAAUGUCCGUGUCGAGAUUUCCCCAAGCAUGCCCGAGUAGUUUUGUUUAGCUCAAGUGCCCAAGUAGGAUGAGUGUUACAGAAGCGAGACGUUAUAGCAGUACUUAUGGUAACGCUAACAGUUAACGCUUACAGUUAGUUCUCGCUGUGGACAUCACAAAGUAUCUCACGAAGAAUUAAACGUUGAAUAAUUUGUUUCAUUCUUUAUAAGACAGCUAUAUAUUCAGCUAGGAAUGAGAGCAAAUCAAGGAACAAUUGAAACGAUUCAUUUAGAAGUGUAUCUGCUGUAGAUAGUUAGGACAGUAGUAGCGUUACGGACUGUCCUCAGCGCACAAUCUAUUCAUGUGGUGCGCCUCAGACGCGAAUUCCGCCCAUUUUUGAAAACAAGUUGCUAAAAGUAAACACGUCCAGUUUUGUUAUGAGCACUUUGCACUCCGAGCCCAAAAGGCAUCGCAUUGAAUUGAGACUAAUGAAGGCGUAAAAACAUGACACCAGAUUUGUUGUAUGGUCCAGUACGCCCUUCGACUCUCAACCCGAAGUUAAUCAGAACUCAAUCUCGGCCCUUAACAAUAUCUGUGAGGCCAGCAUAUCAGCUCAGCUUCUGAGCUUCAGCAAACACUUUAAGCCGCCAAGAUAAAAACAUCGUUGAAGUGAAAGUAGAUGACUAUCCUGACCCCUUCGCUUAAGUAAUUCAGCACAAAAACGUCUUGCGUCAGAGUAGCAAACCUCCAAACAUCUUCUCCCAUGUUGGCUACAUCAACACUUCUUACAGCGGAGCCUUGACGAGUUUGACUUCCAUCCCAGCAUCGACUUGUUCCUUAUUGCGACUGACCUCGAUAAGUUGCUCUCGAAUAAUGUGAACCUUAUGCCAGUAUGUGAUUGACGCCAUUUAACAACAGUUGCUGUUGAGAAUUCCCAGGUUUGAGGUGGCAACUUUGGCGUCAGGACUCUCUCCACCUCUGUCUAUGGCCCGGUCAAAGCAGCAACAGCUGCAAUAAGAACAACAAGUAGUAUCUGAGAGGUGCUCUGCUGGGAUACGGGGCUUCAUGUAUGUGCUUAAAGUGUCAUUCCAGAAUAGCCUGUGGAGACUGCACAUACAUUAAGUCCUAUUAAAGCAUCAUCUCAGAUUAGCCUAUGCAGACUGCACAUACAUUAAGUCCUAUUAAAGCAUCAUCUCAGAUUAGCCUGUGCAGACUGCACAUACAUUAAGUCCUAUUAAAGUGUCACCUCAGAUAAGCCUGUGCAGACUGCACAUACAUUAAGUCCUAUUAAAGCAUCAUCUCAGAUUAGCCUGUGCAGAUUGCACAUACAUUAAGUCCUAUUAAAGCAUCAUCUCAGAUUAGCCUGUACAGACUGCACCUACAUUAAGCCCUAUUAAAGUGUCAUCCCAGAUUAGCCUGUGCAGACUGCACCUACAUUAAGCCCUAUUAAAGUGUCAUCCCAGAUUAGCCUGUGCAGACUGCACAUACAUUAAUUUCCAUUAAAGUGUCAUCCCAGAUUAGCCUGUGCAGACUGCACAUACAUUAAUUUCUAUUAAAGUGUCAUCCCAGAUUAGCCUGUGCAGACUGCACAUACAUUAAUUUCCAUUAAAGUGUCAUCCCAGAUUGGCCUGUGCAGACUGCACAUACAUUAAGCCCUAUUAAAGUGUCAUCCCAGAUUAGCCUGUGCAGACUGCGCAUACAUUAAGUCCUAUUUAUCUGAGAAUGAGGCUCAUAUAGUUCACUUAACGUCAGUCCUUUUUCUGGCUGAUUAAGGAAAAGUUCCUAGCAUAAAAUGUGAAUUCUUUGAUUUUAAAUUUAUCAAACUUGGUAAAUAAAUAGCAAAUAAAAGUUAAUCUGAUAUCAGUUUUAAUCAUAGGUCAGGGCAUAGUUGUGCCCAUUUUUCUGCUGAAAUUUAGCCCUUGAACAACAGUUUCUCCUUGCAAUAAAUAAAUCCACUUUAAUUAUUAAAUUCUAUUAAAUUUAAGUAAAACAAUUAUUUAAUGCCUUCAGCACAUUAUAAAAUUAUUAUCUUCAUUUAUUUUCAAUAUUUAUUUUAAUUGCCAAAUUUUGUUUUAAGAGCUAGUUCCUAGCAAUCAUAGGUCGGUACCCUGCUGAAAAACAUGAUCUCUGGUCAGCUGGGCCCAGAUGCCCAGCAACACUUCCUAGCCCAGGAUCUUGGGGCAAAUGCUCAACAUGUCCUAUCUGCAUGGUGAAGCCAGUCUAAUUCUUGGGCUCCAAACUCUCCUGCUGUGGGGCCGAGAUUACCUCAUCCAUAAGAGGCCUUACACUCACAAGAUCAGGCCCAGAGAACGGUGUUCCCCAACUACAACACAACCAGUACGUCUCCAUAAAGGACACCCUUCCUGAAAACCUCGCUGAGUGCGACUGCGCCAUACGUGACCCUUAAGUGAACUGAGAUUCCAGGCUGAAUGUCAAACCGGUACUACUCAGGUCUCCAGCAAUAGCCUCAGCCUUGGACGCAGUACCAAGCCACGUUGACGCAGCAGCAAAAACAACAGUAGCAGUCUAGUUAAGGGUCACCCCGCAACGUUCAGUGCCUAGCGAUGAAAUCAUCCACCAUUACAUGUAGUUGUGUCUAGCAGUAUCCUUACGACCAAGCCACGUCGCCAAAGCAGCAGUCAAGUAAUUUGUCUUCCACGUUUGAGCUUCCUAUUUGCCACGGUCUGUUGCAAAGUCCACUCAACAUGGAUUGUUUUAAUAAAACAAUUGGAUUUUAAGAAGAUAUUUGCUGAUUCCUGUGUAUGAUCUUAAUUGUAUAUGAAACAAUACAUGAACAACACUGACGCAUAUGAAAGGUAGCUAAUACAAGUAUUCAUGCACAAAUUAAAGUAUGAAUUUCUUUAUAAUUUUUAGUCAUUAUCAAAAAUUCAUUUCCAAACAUAUUUAAGCAUAUCGAUAUUGUUAUGCCGUAUAACAAAAUAAAACAAAGGGUUCAUUCAAAAUUUCUAAUUUUACUUUCAAUUUCAGUUUCAUUAUUAUUUUUAUUACAACAAAAGCAUAUAUCCAAAAAAUAUCAUAUACAAUCAAUAAUAAAAUAUUCGUACCUGCAUCUUAUUCUGUAUCAUAAUCUUUUUCUUGUGUAAAUAAUCUAUCUAACCGGAUGUUUUUCGUUUAAAUCUGUAUUCCAAACUGAAACUUGUUUACUUUCGAAUCCGCUAUUUAUACUUUUUCAGGCAUGACGUCACUGACAAGUGACGACCGUUAAAGUAAAAUAUAUGCCAAUGAACGUAAUGUGAAAUGGCGGAUUUAUUAAAUAAAUGAGAAUCAAUGAACAAUAAUAUUAUACAAAUACAAUGACAAAAACGUAAGUUAAGCAAUAUACAUCAGUGGAAAUCAAUAAAUAUGAUGUUUAUGAAUAUAAAUUUAUUUAGAUAAUAAGCAUUUUAAUUUAAUAAGGAGUGUUUGUUUACAUUACACCAUGUAAUACGGAAUGGCCAAUGGGAGGAGUAACGGCCUAGUAAUAUGUUGACUAUGCUUUGAUUUAUUGUUUGAUUUAAUCACUCUGCCAUUCUUUUACUUACCAGGUUGAGGGUGGCCCAAAACCACCCGGUGCCUUGCGAUGAAAACCUCCAACGGGACUGUAACCUUGCCCUUGUACACACCUAAUGGUCAGGUAUAAGGUCACUUGGGCUUAGAUAGUCACUGCAGUAAGAACAUGUAAGGUUUAAAAGGACAUCCGAGACUGCAAUGACGAAAUGAGUGUACUCACUUCAGCAGUGGAGGCCAAUACACAAUACGAGAGUUUCCAGCGGCUUACCUUAUCUGAAAACCUGGGUAGCAGAGCAAUGAGUAUGUCCCAGGAGCAUAUGCAGUCAUCGUCUCCAGAUUAUGAGAUCCCCAUGCUCCACAACCCUCAGUCUAUGAACAUCAUGCAGAGGGAACCUUGGGUUAGUUUUCCUUUUUCAUGGCCUUACUUUCAG